AUGGCUGCCCUUCGCAAAUUCAACACUCUUCCCGUUCUACUUGGCAACGGCGCUAGUAGCAGCAGCAGCCAGUCGCUCUUCUGCAAACCACCAGUGAUGAUCACAGACAGAGCAUAUGCAGCAACAGUAGGAGGAUACGACUACGACGAAGAGAUGAGCUCGGCCUCUGAGGAUUCGGCCAGCGAUUCAGGCGAGACACACGAUCUUCAAGAGGAGAACAGAAGUAAUACACCUGGUACAUCACCUCAGGAUGCCCAGUCACUCCACAAGAACACACUCCAGAGGAUGCCUUCUCACCGAGAUUUGUCACCACAGACACAGGCAGAAAUCGACGAAGAUAGGGCAGUCUUUGAUGAUGAUGACAAGGUUGUAAAUGCCAACCUCACAGAGUGGGAGUCGUCUGGUGGUCUCCACGGCAUCACGGCCGCAUUCGAGGGAACCCUCCUUCUCGACUCGUCUCUCAACGAGAUUGCCGAUUGGUGUGCGCCUAUCGUAUGGAAAAUGUACCUCAGACAGGCAACUCAAUGCACGUCCCAGCACCGGCACCAGUAUCUUGUCCCGACAGACACGCCAUGCCCACCCUUUUUUGCCAAGCUCCUUACCCGCGCAAUGCCACGUUACAAGGGUGGCAUGACCCGUGCAAUCGCCGUUACCCAUGCACUCCUCUACCUUCACCGCAUCAAGACAUGCUUUCACUGUACCACCGUCUCGUCUACACCAUCAUUCGCACCUCUCCUUCUCAAAGAGGGUCAGCAGGAUAAAGAUGGCAAAAAAAUCUCGGCCGAGCACGUCCGUGCUGCUCUUACAAACGUCGCUGCGCAGUGCAGUCUCUUCUUUGCCGUCGGCAUGCACUACGCGUCCCUCUGGCUGCUCGAUUGCUGUCCAUCAGAAAACACGUAUUGGAAACGCUAUGUACACUGUGUUCAAGCUGCUCAUGGUAUUGCUUGGUCCCGCCUUGUAUUGCAACAUUGGAAUUAUCAAAUCAACACAUCGGUCGAGGAAUGGCUGUCAUUUUCCUCACAACUCCUCUCCAAAUUUCCCUACAUCGACGACGAAAAGCGUUCUCGUCUCGCGGCCUCAACGGCCUAG